AGUCUUGUUUGAAUUGCCAAUAGUCGCACUUCAUAUAAUGGCAUUUUUAACUUUUAUUCUUUUCAUAAUCACAAGUCUUAUAGUUUGGUAUCAAGCGAAAUAUUAUCGAAGAAAUAUUUUACUUUCGAAAAUUCCUGCAUAUAAAUCUUAUCCAAUUGUCGGUAGCAGUUUUUCACUAAUUGGAAAAUCUGCUUCUGAAUUGUUCGAAAGUUUUCAAGAUGCUACAGCUAAGUUGGGACCUGUUUGGAGACUUGAUAUUAGUCCGUUCAAGUCUGUUGUAUUUGUUAAAGAUGUGAAGAUCGUUGAAACAGUUUUAUCAAGUCAGAAAUUGCUCGAUAAAUCGACGGGAUAUGAAUUUGUGAAAGGAUGGCUUAAUGAUGGUCUUUUGUUAACAACCGGAAAGAAAUGGCAUCAAAGACGACGCAUUAUUACUCCAGCUUUUCAUUUUAAAAUUCUUCAACAAUUCACUGAAGUUAUGGAUCGUCAUGGAAAGAUUUUCGUAUCUAAUUUGAAGAAGUGUGAAGGUCGAGAAAUUGACUUUUUUUCUCCGGUAUCACUCUACGCACUCGAUGUAAUUUGUGAAUCAGCAAUGGGAUUCAAAUUAAACGCUCAAAUGAACUCUGAAUCGGAAUACAUUAAAGCUGUAGCAGAAGUUUCUCACAUCAUAUUUUUACGGUCGUUUGAUCAAUUUAAACGAAUCAAUUUCUUAUACCAAUUCACCGAAAUGUCCAAACGAGAACAAAAAUUAUUAAAAAUUCUUCACGAUUUCACUGAUUCUGUGAUUGUUUCACGACGGAAAGAGUUAGAAGAAGGUACAAGUCAUGCAGAUAAAAAUGAAAAUGAUUUUGGGAUCAAGAAGCGAACAGCUUUCCUUGACCUUAUGUUGCAAUCGCAAAUCGACGGAAAUCCUUUAAGCAAUUCAGAUAUUCGGGAAGAAGUUGAUACUUUUAUGUUUGAGGGUCACGACACGACUAAAAGUGGAAUUUGUUUCAUUUUAUACAAUCUGGCAAAAUAUCCUGAAAUUCAAGAAAAGGUUUUCGAAGAAUGCAGAACGAAUCUUGGAAACGAUCCACAACAACCAGUGACAAUGAAUGAACUCAACAAUUUACACUACCUCGAAAUGGUCAUCAAAGAAACUCUCAGAUUGUAUCCAUCAGUUCCAUUCUUUGGUCGCAAUUUGAAAGAAGACACCACACUCGGUCACCUGACACUCCCCAAAGGAACAAGCGUUAGUAUUUCACCGUUCUUCUUAGGAAGAGAUCCUGAAAUUUAUCCAGACCCAUUGAAGUUUGACCCACUGAGAUUUGAAGUAGAAACCAACAAUGAAAAGAACAACCCGUACGCUUAUGUUCCCUUCAGUGCUGGUCCAAGAAAUUGCAUUGGACAAAAGUUUGCCAUGUUGGAGAUGAAAAGUAUCGUAUCAAAAGUGAUCAGAAAUUUUAAGGUUUUUAUUUCAAAAGAACAUGAAAAUCUUAAACUGAUUUCUGAGUUGAUCUUAAGACCAGAAAAUGGAAUUGUUUUGAUGGUGAAAAGCCGAUUUUAAUAAAUAAAACAAAGUCAGUUUAUUUUAGAAAUUA